GAGCGAUCAGCUGGAGGAGGAGGAGAAGAAGGCGGUGGAAACCGAAACGGGGAGCGACGAGGGCCAGCAGUGCUCAGAGAAUGGAAUCGAAGCCUUCCAGAAUUCCACGGAGGGUGCCCACUCAGCCAUUGAAUUCUCGAAGUGCUAGGACAGGGGCUGGAAGUGGAGGAACCAGUUUUACUGACUCGUAUCGUACAAGAGAUUCUUCACUGAGACUGGAACCUGUAUGCCAGGAAUCCAGCAGGUUGCAUAGUUACAGUAGAGACUGGGCAAUUGGAGAAAGAGAAGCCUAUGAAAGCCCGUGGAAGCUUCCAACUUCUUCUCCAACUCGCUACUCAGGAACACUUGACCGUCCAUGGUCUGGAAGAUUUUUGGGAAGCAGAAACAGAUUGUCAGCGUCAUCAUCUUCGACUCUUUCGUCGUCUUGGUUUGGUGAAUCUGAAAGAACUCAGGGAGCAUAUUCGUCAAGGCUGCAUCAUAAUCAGCAGCAGGACAGCGAUUCUAAGAGACCUAAACUUUCCUAUACAUCUACCUCUGGUGUGAGAAGUAAUGGCUUAAACACAGAUUCAGAUUCCCCAUGGAGGUAUAGCAGUGUACCCAGAUCUUCAACUAUGGUACUUGGGUCAUUAGGAACCGAACUUGUGAGAGAAAGGAGAGAGCUAGAAAGAGCAGACCCAUCCAUUGGUAGUCUUGUGGAUUACAGUCGCAGGAGUGGCGACUUCCCAUCUUCAUCAUACCUUCAGGAAAGAUCUGCUGCUUCGUAUGCACAAGGAGCAAGGCCAAAGGACAACUCGUUAAGCUCUUUGAGGCUGAACACAUCCAUGAACCGCCAGUUGCCUUCUGAACAUCAAUCAUCAUUACUCUCUAGAGACCAUAGCUGGAGUUCAAGAUCUAACUAUGUCCCAAGAGAGGUAGAAUCUUCAGAAAGGAAUAUACAGCCAGAGUUUACCCACGGUGCCAUGAGAAGUGGAGCCAGUUCCUCCAGCGGUUCUGAAAGGAUCACACAGCCCCAAAGGUCAUUAAGUGAACCUCCCAGUGAUACUGAAGGAAGGCGAACAACUAGGCAGCUGCUGUCUCGUUUAGCUUCGAGUAUGUCCUCCACAUUUUUCUCCCACCUACCUCACGGGGUUCUUCUUUCAGAGGAUUCAGAAGAGGAAGAGGGAGACUUGUGCAGAAUAUGUCAGAUGUCAUCUACAUCCCCUACUAACCCUUUAAUAGAGCCAUGCAAAUGCACUGGAAGUCUACGGUAUGUUCAUCAGGAGUGUAUGAAGAAGUGGCUACAGUCCAAGAUUAACUCUGGUUCUUCAUUGGAAGCAGUGACUACCUGUGAACUGUGCAAAGAGAAGCUGCAUCUCAAUCUUGAUGAUUUUGAUAUCCAUGAACUUCACAGAGCACAUGCAAAUGAACAAGCAGACUAUGAAUUUAUCAGUUCUGGGCUUUACCUUGUAGUGUUGUUACACUUGUGCGAACAGCGCUUUUCAGAUAUGCUGGGAACUACAAGCGAGGCCAACACUCGUGUCCGGUUUAUUAAUCUUGCAAGAACUCUUCAGGCACACAUGGAUGAUAUUGAAACAGCUUCAGACGAUGAUUCUGAGGAUGGUGAUCUCGCUACACUUGAUGCUGCGUAAACGCCGCCAGACGCUUGGACGGGCAACGGACCCUCGGCACCCAUCAGUAUGCAUUUCUUUAGUAAGGCACACCGACUACUGUUAAGAGAUUUCUAAAGCAUUGCUGAGUUCAGAAACCUGCUGUUGCACACUGGAAGCAUGGGGACCUGAGCAUUCGGUCCGUUGGUGGGAGUGGUUUCUCCACUGAGAUUAUUGUAUGCCUUCUUCUAAAAGACCAGAUUUUUUAUGUGGUAAGAAACAUGAUUUCCUUUUGUAUAAACUUCUUACAGUAAUCAGUUACACUUCUGGAAAAAUGUUUCUCACAUUUGCUCUUCUACUGGCACUAAGUGGUAAUGUUAAGUACAUCUGCAAGUCAGGGGGGGGGGGAUACUUCUGUUUUAGCUUUCCAUUUUGAAAACACCUUUGGGGGAAGUCUUGUUGUUUUUGCUUCCAGUGUUUACACCAUAGGAUGAAUGCAGGGAAUGAAUGGGUUCUGUGGAGUUUAAUAUUAAGUUUCUAUAUUUUCCGUGAGGAACGUUUAACUCAAAGCAAUAAACUUGCAAGGGGCUACUAAUAAGUGUUAAAUGAUGGCUUUUUAUAAGUACUGAUGAUUUCAAAACUGCGGAUUAUAUUUGAUAUUAUGUAGAUGUUCCAGCGAGGAAUUACAGCUGUGUAAAACACUUGCAUUUCAGCAUUCCUGGCAGGAAUACAACGUAAUGGUUUAAAAUCUUAACCGAGCUAUUUAUCUUAAUGAACCUUUUCUAGAACCCACAUUCACUGCUGAA